AUGGAAGAUCUGAUGAAGGCCUUUAUUAUUAAGACAGAUGAGAGGCUUGAAACUCAUAGCACAGCUAUCCGAGAACAGGGCACAGCCAUUCGAAACUUGAAAAGACAUGUGGGGCAACUUUCUAAUCUAUUAUCUAAGAGGGUUCUAGGAACUCCCCCUGCUAAUAUCGAAAGGAAUCCAAAAGAAACAAUAAAUACGGUGUGCUUGAGAAGUGGGCAAGUAUUGAAGGACCCCAUAGCAAACAAAAGAAAGCAAAGAAGAGAGAAGCUGGACAAACAAUUUGGGCAUUUUCUAGAAGUGCUCAAGCAAGUGCAUGUUAAUCUACCUUUCACAGAGAUACUCUCACAAAUGCCGGCAUAUGCUAAUUUCCUGAAGGAGAUAUUGUCCAACAAGUGUAAAGAGGAAGAGACAUCGGUUGUCAAGCUCACAGAGCAUUGUAGUGCUAUUUUGCAAAAUAAGCUCCAUCAAAAGAAAUUGGAGGGAGAGAUUGGAGAAAUCAAAUCUAUACCUUUUUCUUUGCAACUGGAGGAUCAGACCAUAAUCAUACCUGAAGAAACAGUAGAAGAUGUGCUAGUUCGGGUUGAUAAAUUUGUGUUCCUUGUGUACUUCAUCGUGGUGAAUAUGGAAGAGAAUAAGGAGGAAAGGCAGUUCAUUCUCGGAGUGGGGGAAGAAAUGGUGGUCUUCAAGAUGGAAGGAGCAAUGGGGGAACCUAGAUAUAAGCUGAUUGUACACUCUGAAUUCAAGACGAGGGCCUUAAAAGAGCGAGCUGGAGAGAGUAAGCAUGACAAGUGUGGGGUGUACCCAAAGAAGGCAUAA